GGUUCCUGAUCUGUUGUCUACAGCAAUAUCUACAGGGUAUUCGGAUAAGAAAGUGGAGGUUCAUCCCUUGGACUGAAAGCUGCUGUGAAAGGGACGAGCAGGCAAUCACCCAUUUCUAGGGUUGAGCAGUUUCGUGGUCAGGAUGCCGGCUGUCGACAGCCUCAGCUCUGAUCUCGCUGCUAAGGCUCAUUUGAAAGCAGUGAAUCGUGACUAUGUCCUGGAGCCUCGUCUGGACUACCGCACAGUCGGAGGUGUCAGCGGUCCCCUUGUGAUUGUCGAGUGUGUGAAGAAGCCCAAAUACGCCGAGAUCGUCAAUCUCAAGCUCGGCGAUGGCACAUCUCGGCGUGGCCAGGUCCUUGAAGUGGAUGGCAGCAAGGCAGUUGUGCAGGUGUUUGAGGGAACCUCAGGCAUUGACAACAGGGGAACAUCCCUCGAGUUCACUGGCGAGGUGUUGAGGACGCCCGUGUCCAGAGAUAUGCUUGGGAGAGUGUUCAAUGGAUCCGGCAAGCCGAUCGAUGGCGGGCCCACUGUGCUGGCAGAGACUUACCUGGACAUCAAUGGAGCAUCAAUCAAUCCUGCUGAGCGCACAUAUCCAGAGGAGAUGAUCCAAACAGGCAUUUCUACAAUUGAUACCAUGAACUCAAUUGCUCGUGGACAGAAGAUUCCUCUUUUUUCUGCCGCUGGCCUGCCGCACAACGACAUUGCAGCUCAGAUCUGCAGACAGGCUGGCCUUGUCAAGCACAAGGAGGAUGAAGGAAAUCUGCUGGAGGCUGACAAGGAAGAUGAGGAGUUUGCUAUCGUCUUUGCGGCUAUGGGUGUCAACAUGGAGACAGCCCAUUUCUUCAAGCAGGACUUUGAGGAAAAUGGCUCCAUGGACAAGACUGUCCUCUUCCUCAACCUGGCAAAUGACCCCACCAUCGAGCGCAUCAUCACGCCACGCAUUGCGCUGACGACCGCAGAGUAUCUGGCGUACGAGUGCGGCAAGCACGUGCUCGUCAUCCUCACGGACAUGAGCUCAUACGCUGAUGCUCUGCGCGAGGUGUCAGCUGCGCGUGAGGAGGUGCCAGGCCGUCGUGGCUACCCAGGUUACAUGUACACUGACUUGGCCACGAUCUAUGAGCGCGCUGGAAGGAUUGAGGGGCGCAAGGGCUCCAUCACUCAGCUGCCCAUCCUGACCAUGCCCAACGAUGACAUCACUCACCCAAUCCCCGACCUGACGGGCUACAUCACAGAGGGGCAGGUGUAUGUGGACAGGCAGCUGCACAACCGGCAGGUGUAUCCGCCCAUCAAUGUGCUGCCAUCCCUCUCCCGCCUCAUGAAAUCUGCUAUUGGUGAGGGCAUGACAAGGAAGGACCACUCUGAAGUGUCCAAUCAGCUGUAUGCCAACUACGCCAUUGGCAAGGAUGUUGUUGCCAUGAAGGCAGUGGUGGGUGAGGAGGCUCUCUCAUCUGAGGAUCUGCUCUACCUUGAGUUCCUCGAGAAGUUUGAGGCCAAGUUUGUCAACCAGGGAGCAUAUGAGUCUCGGUCCAUCUUUGAAUCCCUUGACAUCGCCUGGGGCUUACUACGGAUCUUCCCCAGAGAGCUGCUUCGGCGCAUCACUGCAAAGACCCUGGAUGUGCACUACGACAAGGAGACUGCACAGGAUUAGGCAGCAUCUUGGACUUGAACAUUGGAGGGUUAACCUUUGGAGCUGCGCUAAAAGGCCUUUUGAUGGCUGUUGCCAGGAUGAAGUGGGAUGCAGCAGGCUAUUGAGACCGAAUAUGAAUUUAACUCUUUACAAAUUUGUACGUUUGUACAGGGGUGUUCUUAUCAUCAUCAUGAAUUGCUUGUUCUAUUGCGUCCCAGUGGACGUUAAUCCUGAUUGUGCCGAGCACGCUCAUUAUGUCGGAUAUAUUCAGCUUCUGGAUUAUGUAUUGAUGUAAGGAAGCUGUCAUGAUAUC